AUGUCUUCACUAAGAUUUCUCUCUCCUCUUUAUCUCCUCUCCAUCUCUCUCUUCUUCCAACUCGCCCUCGCAACCAACCCGAUUGACCAUGACUGCUCAGCCACCACAAUUUCCAAUCCCAAUGGCCCCUACAAAAAGAACUUCAACAAACUCUUGAGUUAUCUCAACUACACAACCCCGCUGACCGGGUUUAGUAAUGGCUCGGUAGGCCUAAGCCCAAAUCAGGUCUACGGCUUGGCUCUCUGCCGAGGUGACAUCAAUAGCACAGACUGCAAAGCUUGUGUUAGUCAGGCAAGCACUGAGAUUCAACAACUUUGCCCAUCCAAGGUAGAAGCAAUCAUAUGGUAUGAAUAUUGUCUGUUGAGAUACUCCAACCUCAGUUUCUUUGGCCAAGUCGAUUUCUCGGAAGCAUUUUACUAUCCAUAUUAUAACAAUGUGAGCGACCCAGCUUAUUUCGAUGGCAAGGUCGUGGAGUUACUUGACCAGUUGGAGGGAGAAGCUUAUGUUGGCCCAAAGUUGUAUGCUUCUGGGGCUUUGGCGAUUGGAAAUUCGACGACCAUUUAUGGGUUGGUUCAGUGCACCAGAGAUCUUUCUAGUGCUAAUUGUAAAAGUUGUCUUGAUUGGAUGAUUAGUUAUGUUCCAAAGAUAUUAUAUGUAAAAGACGGAGGGAUAAUCAUGGCUGGGAGUUGUACGUUGGAGUAUCACAUAUACCCUUUCGUCAAUGCCUAG